UAAAAUAGAGAGCCUUGGUGAUAUACAUCUCCUUGUUAACAAUGCGGGAAUUGCAAUAUUGGGUCCUUUUGAAGAAAUCAAGUUUGAGGAUUUUGACAAGAUAUUUUCAGUGAAUGUCAAGGCACCUUUAUUCAUUGCACAGGUUGUGGCUAAACAGAUGAUCACUAGAGGGAGUGGUGGAGCGAUAGUUAAUGUUUCUAGUCAAGCUUCAAUGAUUGCUUUGAAAGACCAUACCUUGUAUUGUUCUACAAAGGCUGCCAUGGACAUGUUUACAAAAUCAUUGGCUUUAGAACUGGGUCCUCAUAAGAUUAGAGUAAAUGCUGUUAACCCUACAGUUGUCAUGACAGAUAUGGGUAGGUUAGGAUGGUCUGAUCCUGCAAAGGCAAAACCAAUGCUUGAUACAAUACCCCUUGGAAGAUUUGCGGAAGUAGAGGAUGUUGUUCAUUCCAUUAUUUACCUUCUAAGUGAUAAAGCUAACAUGAUAACUGGAACUAUGUUGCCCAUUGAUGGAGGACGUCUUGUACAAUAGAUAGAGUGAUUAACACCAAGAAGUAGACAUUACAUUAAGCUGAGAGGAAUAUCAGAGCAGGAAGGUUUGACUCUCAGUCAAAUAUAUAUGUACCAAUGGCCACGGCUGGGGUUUAGUGGAGGUCAAGCAAAAAUUUCAGAACAUUAUGUCACAAAAUGAAUAUUUACAUGUAUGAAUUAAUUGCAAAUUCCACUGAUUUAAAUAUUUUCAAAUGAAAUUUUUUAUGGUUUUCUUAUUGUCAACAAACACCUUUGGCGGUGGCAAUUAAAUAAUAAAACCAAAUCUUCAUUUAUUUCUGUUGAUUACAAAACAUUACUCUUUGGCAUCAGCAAUUCCCCCUGAUGUAACUGCAAAAGUGGCUUCAUUUUCUGGAAGAUCAGGACUAAGUAGACAAAAAGGAUUUCCAAUUAAUACCUUGGGUCAUCAAAAAGGCAGAGUUCAAUGCUUCUUAUAGCUAGCCAAGUAGCCCAAUUAUACAUUACACUGUAGUUUACACCAUUACAGAAGUAAACAUUAACAGGGUCUGGUGGUGCAUUGGCUUGCCCAUCUUUAUCUUGCUCUGAUAAGAAUGCACUGUAUCAGUAUGGUAAAUUUGGGCAAGCUUUACGAUGUCAUACUAUCCUGAUGGCUAUUAAUAUUCAGUACAUAAAAGUGGCUCUUACUACUGCUGAUAGACUAUUUUAGUCUCAUAAGCAAGUUUGUGUUGGUACCACAUUUCAUAUUGCUAUAAUGGCUGCAAAAAUAUUUCUCUGGAAUUUUACAAACCUGUCAUAUAUUUUUGCUAUUCUUGUUUCUCCUCUACCUUUCCUCAAACUAAUGCGAGUUGUUGAGGCAUGUGCCAGUAUGUGUCCGCCAAUUGGUUUCUUGGGGUCAGCUUGAAAACUAAAAAAGAAACGUCAAAGUUGGUAUUUUCUUUCAUUUCAUGUUAUUUGAUAAGCUCCACAUCCUAAUUUAAAUUAUAGGAAAAAUGAUGGUAAAGGCAAUUGAUUUACCUCAUUGUUGCUGUGUUUGUUUCAACCAUCCAUACCAGGCAGCCACAGAGGAGAUUUAAAAGAAAGUAAGAAUAAGUAAGAAAUUAUGUUAAAGAGAAUAGCAAAAUUAAUAUACCGGUAAUCUUGCAGAAAUGAAACAUAAAUGACCAAUCAACAACAGUUUAUUUCUACUACUGUAAAUCAGUGAAAACUAAGCACACACCUCCUGGAUCUGCUGUCAUCUGCCAAGAGGAGAAAACAUAUGUUAUAAGGCAUUGUGGAAAUUUGUGUUGAAUUUGGGCAAACAAGCUAUUUUCACAAAAGCUGUACAUGUGUUACAAAUACAAGUAUACAGUGUACAAUGGUGUACAGGGAUGUUCUGGUA